CGAUAUUAUAUUAUUUUCUAUGUUUCCCAGGCGUCUCAUUUUUACUCCUAUCCUUUGAUUUGAUUGGUAAAUAAUAUUUGACAGACCGGUCAAAAAWUCUUCGUUUCUGCAUAAAUUMUCGUUGUGUGAAAAACUUAAUASGGAUGUAUGUGUGUUGCACCUUCUGGAACUCUUUUCUCAUUUCUKUGCUUUUCAAACACCRMAGUCUUUUCUUCCAUUAUUUUUAUUCCACUCGCAGACCCACGACGAAUUAAAGACUCCUUAAAACAAGCAUGUCUCUUCGAGUCUACAUGCAAGACUUGAUUCUUGCUCACACAAGUUGUAACACUGAUGAUGAUUACGAAGAGGAAAACUCCAUCAAAAUUACGAUCGUCAACGAUAAUUCUUCGUCUUCUCUGUCAUACAAUUACGAAGACGAAAGCAGCCAUAAGGACCGCGGACAAUGCGACCCAUCGCCUUCAUCAGCCGAAUCGAUGCAGAUAGUGGAAAUUUGUAGCAACUCGUUUACGGACCCUGUAGAUGACGAAUGUGAUAAGUCAUCCUCAGGUUAUGGCUUACAGAGUUCUGAGCAUCGAGUUGCGCAACAUCAAAACAAAUCGUUAUCAGAUGCUGCAAUUAACAAUAAAGUAAUGUUAGACGACUUUCGAAGGCGACAGUGCUUUCUCAGAGCCAAAUUUCAYCCAAACCGAACCGCACAAGCCAACUCGCAAGCAUUGCAGAUAUCGCCCGAACCACCAUUGGUGAUGGAGUCACAGACAACGAUGUUYGUCACCCCUUCCGCAUCUCCAACAAAGAAUAGCGAUAAUGUUGCAGAAGAUGAAGAUAUGGGUAUUGGASUUAGCGAGGAUAACACAUUUCGCUGCCGCAUGGCUAGUCUCAAAAGCAGUAUCCAGGAGGACCAGGAAUCGACGAUUCUUCCAUURUUCUGAUUGAUUAACGGUCGUUUCGUGUGCUMCGGAAAUAAUUACAACAUUUUGCG